AUGUCCGAAGACAAAGCCUAUCAUGAUGAUGUCCCACCACCUCCAUAUCAACGGAUUGCACCUUCGACAUCCAGACAGGAUCCUCAAUCUUUCACAUCCACAAGCAAUACACUAGAUUCCUCAUCCUCUUGGUCGAUUACCCAUAAGGGCAAGAUUGAUAUCUCCCUAAAAUCGAAAGAACAAGAUAAAUCACAGGAUUCUUUAGGGGAUUUGCAAUACGGUAUAACACCUGACGUGAGAGAGUAUGCGAUUGAUCCAAAUGGGAAUGGAGCGGUGCCACCAUUGAAUAUCGUGGUAUUCUAUCUGGGUGAUGAGUUCGGCCUUAUACCUUUGUUGACGAUUGCAUUGGAACUUUUCAAGACCCAUUCUCACCGCGUACGAAUAUCGACUCAAGAGGGUCACCGAGAUACUAUCAUGAGAUAUGAAGAGAGAUUAUACGGAUUGAAUGCAAUUGAUGGAGAGGGGCUGGGAGAGGGACUGGAAGAUCAUUUGGAGAUUUAUGAUGCAUUGGCUGGGUCUAGAUUCAGUUUAAAGAAUUGGUCGGAUGAGAGUGUAGUGAGCUCUCUAGCAGGAGGACUGAAGAAGAUGGGGUAUCCUGCGAUCGUCACCAUUAAAGGGAUGAAAAAUACCGGACAACUCCCCUUGGAUGUUUUUGUUCUGGAAGAUCAAGAAGCAGCUUCUUGGCUGUACAGCUCCAACAAAGUAUCGGCAAUCAUCUAUGAUGGAAACUCAUACUUGGCCACUUUGGCUAUCAAAUACUCCGCCCCUUCAAUCGCUAUCACCCUCUCUACAGGAGAUAUGUAUUGGCUUGAGCGAUUAUCUCACUUAGGAGCGUCUCCUCGUCCAAUGACCCUAUCUCAAGUGACCGUUGAAUCCCUCAGUGUGGCGCUCGACGAAGCUUUAUCUCCCGAAAGGAAAGUGAUAGCUACAGUAAACAGCUAG